CCACCCUCCCUCUAUAAAUUGCUGAGGUCACUGCUACCGCGGGCACUUAAACCUUGUAAGGAUUUGUUGGCGCACAUUUUUGUUUUUGCACUAGUGACAAACAUGACGAAUGCUGGGUGGAAUAUCGUCCUUUUUUCGUUUUUCAUGCAUGCUGCAGCUCAAAUGUCAAAGGAAUGUCCCACGCCGUCGGUGCAUCAGUUCACCAGGCUAGACCCGAAAUAUCUGUCGAGGCUCAAGUACAGCCACGGGGAGAAGGUGUAUUACGACUGCGAGGAGGGCUUCACGCCUCUGAAAGGCAGCCGAUCCGUUCAUUGCAACAACGGAAAGUGGACAGUGCUGACUCUGAAAUGCGAAAAAAAAUCAUGUGGAAAUGCGGGGGACCUACCCAAUGGAGAGUUCAGAUAUGAGGGUGGCUCAGUCAUCGGGGACAAGGUUUAUGCAACGUGCAACCAUGGGUAUACUCUCACAGGAUCAAAGUAUUUGAUAUGCAAAUCCUCAGGGUGGACUGGUGAAUUCCCUUCAUGUGAAGAGAUCGGUGCCAGGGUCGCCACCUGCUCCAGCCCUGCCGUGGCCAACAGUGUGAAGAGCGGUGGAGAUGCUGCGGUGCACGGGGUGGGAGACUCGGUGACCUUCACCUGCAACCAGGGUUUCCAGCUGGAUGGAUCCCAGCAGGUCACCUGUGGCCCUGACGGCCAGUGGCAGCCUCGUCUCCCGCAGUGUCUGCCCUCUAAUGACAUCAGGUGUGUAAAGCCCAAGCUUCAGCAACGGCCCAUGGUCGUCAGUGGCCUAAAACAGUCGCAUAAACACGGAGACACUCUGUCCUUCUCUUGCAAACAGCCAUUCAUGUUAAAUGGAUCAGCCACUGCUACAUGUGGGCUAGACGGAAAAUGGACCCCAUCUCUUCCAAAGUGCAUAUUGGCCAGAUGUCCAGAGCUAAAGGUAGCUCACAGCAGGCUUUCCUCCAGGCAUGUCAGGGUUAACAGGACUAUUACUGUGAGUUGUGACAAGGGAUACCAGCAGAAAGGCCCCAGAACUGUUGUCUGUUUAGAGACGGGGAAGUGGAGUGCAAUUCCCCAGUGUGUAUCAGAGAACGGGGCAGAGACCACCUGCUCCAGCCCUGCCGUGGCCAACAGUGUGAAGAGCGGUGGAGAUGCUGCGGUGCACGGGGUGGGAGACUCGGUGACCUUCACCUGCAACCAGGGUUUCCAGCUGGAAGGAUCCCAGCAGGUCACCUGUGGCCCUGACGGCCAGUGGCAGCCUCAGCUCCCGCAGUGUCUGCCCUCUAAUGAUAAAGGUGGCUGCACUGUUCCAGCAGACACCUACAAAGCCAACGCCCACCUGGCUGACGGCUACAUCACGAUGACAUCUUUUGCCUCUGGUGACCAAGUGCAUUACGUGUGCGAUAUUGGAUACACACCAGCAGGGGGCAGCAGGUACCGCAGAUGUGUCAAUGGAAAAUGGACACCGAUGCUGCUAACAUGUGAACGGAAGUCAUGUGGCUCUGCAGGGGAGGUUGAAAACGGACAGUUUGUAUAUACUGGAGCAGAGUUUGGAGACACCGUUACAGCUGUCUGUAAUGAGGGGUAUCUACUUGUGGGACGGGGAACCAGAACCUGCACAAAUGAUGGCUGGGAUGGACGUGUUGCCGUCUGUGAAGCUGUUGAGUGUGAGGAGCCCCAGCAAGCGACAAAUGCAGUGAGGAUCGGCACUCCAGCUCAGUCUUACAUGUUCCGCAGCGUGAUUGGCUAUCGAUGUCCCAGUGGAAUUCUUACUGGACAAAGGGAAAUCUGGUGCACCAAAGACGGGACGUGGAGUGCGCCUCCACCUGUGUGCAAAGUGAGGACAUGUGACACUCCGAAUGUGCCCAACGCCAUGUGGAUGUGGAAGAGUACGCCGUAUCAGUAUCGGGACAUUGUGUCCUUUGAGUGUGUCCGGGGUCACGUCAUGUAUGGCGCAAGCACUGUUGUCUGUGGCGCCAAUGGGCAGUGGCUCCCUCGCCUUCCCACGUGUAGAGCACGUGGCCGACGGUACUAAAACAUAAUUAAGGCGGGCAACUGCACUGUCAAGUCCAAGCCAUUUACACCAUUCAGCUGCAGUCACUUUAUCAAAUAAGCUCUGGGCACAUGGCUGAAAAACUCACUUUUUAAGCUAUCCUAAACAAUAUCACUGCAUUCAAAAUAAACCCUUUUUUAAAUUGUAUGUGGCUUGACCUGGCCAGUGACGAAACCUAUGAUGUAUAAACUUGUUACACAAUAAAAAAUGGUUUGAAAUAAA